AUGCUGAACGUCCCGGCGCAGGCCUUCCCCGCGUCCGGCUCCCAGCAGCGGGCGGCCGCGGGGGGGCGCAGCAAGGUCCCUUUAAAACCAGGCAGAAGUCUUAUGGACUGGAUUCGACUAACUAAAAGUGGAAAAGACUUAACUGGAUUGAAAGGACGAUUAAUUGAAGUGACUGAAGAAGAGCUUGCUAAACACAGUAAAAAAGAUGAUUGCUGGAUAUGUAUAAGAGGACUUGUGUAUAACGUCACUCCAUAUAUGGAGUAUCACCCUGGUGGUGAUGAUGAGCUAAUGCGAGCGGCAGGAACAGAUGGCACAGAUCUCUUUGAUCAGGUUCAUCGUUGGGUCAAUUAUGAAUCCAUGUUGAAGGAAUGCCUUGUUGGAAGAAUGGCACUCAAACCUGUUGCUACUUGCUGCGCUCUACCUGAAGAGAAGAAACUCUUAAAUGGCAUACUUCCUAAAAAUAAAGUAUUGGAUACUUCUUCCAAAGAUUUAACUCCAAGCUAUGAUUGGUUCCAAACAGAUUAUUUGGUCACUGUUGUCAUAUAUACUAAACAAAAGGGCAUGAAUUCAGAAAUGGUGAUAGUUGACCAUCAAGAUGGUAGACUGAGAGUAGACAGCAUUCUGAGGGAUUAUUCAUAUCUCUUGCAUAUUGAGCUGAGUUAUGCAGUUCAAGAGGACAUUACUGUACACAUUGCUGAAAAAGUGGGAAAGGUGGAGAUUGUCCUGAAGAAAAAAGAUAAUAUUCCUUGGAGUAAACUGGGACAGCCACUCAACAGUCAUAAUUCAUUUAUCAAGUGCACAGACAGAGGGCUGUACUACAGAAAGUGCAAACUGAUUUCUAAGACAGAAGUCACCCAUGACACCAAACUUUUCUGCUUAAUGCUGCCACAGAGUACUCAUCUCCAGGUUCCUGUUGGGCAUCACAUUUACCUCAAACAAGUUAUUGCAGGUACUGAGAUAGUGAAGCCAUAUACACCUGUAUCUUGUUCUUUGAAAUCAGAUUUCAAAGAACCAUCUCACCAUGAUAGUACACACCUAAUUUUAAUGAUCAAAAUUUAUCCCAAUGGACUUUUCACACCAGAACUUGACCACCUGCAAAUUGGAGACUAUAUUUCCGUGAGCAACUCUGAAGGUAGCUUCAAGAAGUCGCAAGUUCAAACUUUAGAAGAUCUCUUUUUAUUGGCAGCAGGCACAGGCUUCACACCAAUGGUUAAACUACUGAACUAUGUUUUGACUAAUGUUUGUGGUCUGAGGACAGUGAAGUUGAUGUUCUUCAACAAAACAGAAGAUGAUAUACUUUGGAGAAACCAGCUGGAGCAGUUAGCCCUGAAAGAUAAAAGGUUUGAGGUUCAAUUUAUUCUCUCAGAGCCAAAAAAUGAAGGGACUGGCAAACAGGGAAAAAUUUCUUCAUCUCUCCUUUCUGAGUUUGUGAAAAGAAGCAAAAAAGACUCCAAAGUACUUAUUUGUGUCUGCGGUCCAGCACCUUUCACAGAGCAAGGAAUACAGUUUCUGCAGGAUCUUGGAUAUUCCAAAGAAGAGGUCCAUAGUUUUACUGCAUAA